AUUAUGGUUCAAUAUAUCCAUCUUCAACUAGUUUCCACAAAUCUAAAGAACCCAGAAGGUCCUUGAAUUGCAUACACAACAUAUCAUAAUUUUUCUCAUGAUUGCUUUGUCCUUCGGCCCUUGUCAAUCAUGUAGUCUUUCAUUAGAAUUCAUCAUGAAAAUUCUGGGUUGUCAAAAUAAAAAAGAAAGAGGGAGAGAACUGAUUCAUUCGACUUCUCCUUUGUGUGUGGCCUCUUCUUCUUCGAGAGUGCUGAGGGAAAAGAUUGGGUGGAUGGGAGAAAUUCUACUCAGAAGAUGAUGAGAUUAAGAGUUGUAAGAAAUUAUAUAUAAAAAAAACACUGUAUACUGUAAUUAGUGAGUAGUUGAACAGGAAGUGCAUAACAAAAAACAAUGUUGUUUUUGUUUUCUUGUGUUAAUUGUCAAUGGUGGGUGGUGGCCGGGGGAAGUUGCAGCUAAAUUUCCCUAAAAUGUCAUGCUCUAAUAUUAUACUAUCACAAGCACUUAAUAAAUGUUUAUUUUUUAACACAUUUUAAGCACACGCUGUACAAGUAACCGCUGAGGAAGACAAGUACCCUGCCUCCCUCUGUUGCCUAUAAAAACCUCCCCUCUCUCUUGACCGUCUAUUGCCUGAUUGCCUCCUAAAUCAUAUCGCCCCCCCCCCACCCCCACCCCCCCCCCCCCCCCCCCCCCCAAGAACAUGAUGAUGAAUGGGCAAAAAAUGGCAGCAGCAGAGGUGGCAGUGCAGCUGCCUGAGUCAAAGAUGGUGACUGAGAACAUAGGGGGAGCGGCAGCUGCUAUGAGGCCUUUUGGCCGGAAAGCUGAAGUUAUGAACGUGUUACUGAGGGUGUUGUGCAUGGUAACAUCUGUUGCAGCUCUGUCCUCCAUGGUCACAGCCCAACAGUCCAGUACCGUGUCGAUCUAUGGCUUCAUGCUCCCUAUUCAAUCGAAGUGGUCCUUCUCUCACUCAUUUGAAUAUGUGGUUGGAGUCUCUGCAGUUGUUGCAGCGCACUCAUUGCUGCAACUGCUGAUUAGCGUGUCAAGGUUGCUUAGAAAAUCUCCGGUGAUUCAAUCAAGAAGUCAUGCAUGGCUUGUUUUUGCAGGAGAUCAGGUAUUUGCAUAUGCAAUGAUAAGCGCUGGGGCCGCUGCAUCAGGAGUCACCAACCUCAAUCGCACAGGAAUCCGACACACAGCUUUGCCUAAUUUCUGCAAGCCUCUACAGAGCUUCUGUGACCAUGUUGCUGUCUCUAUAUUCUUCACUUUCUUGAGCUGCUUCUUGCUUGCUGCAUCUGCUGUUCAGGAAGUCAUAUGGCUCUCCAGAUCCAAGUACUGAAGAUCUUUGCCUUUCGAUAUACUUUUUGUUAUCCUUCCUGGACAAGCACGACUUCUACGAAAUAAGGGUUUAUCCUUCAAUUAAUUCCAGUGAUAUCUUCUAUCAUUACUGGAAGUUUUGUGAUCAUGGCACUUUAACCCUUUGUAAAUAACAAGGACUUGUCUAUUUUGUUACAGUA